UACGAACACAUACGUAGAAAACCACCGAGCGCAAGACUGAAAAACCAACAACAAGAAUGGGCUCAUCUUGCUCGAAAAACAACAAUGCAACACCAACCACUGAUGUUGUUGUAACCACUAACGAUACCGUUGCAACCACAUACAACGACAGUAAUAGCUGUUUGUUGGCAGUACAAUUUGACAACGAGAAGUCCAUCAGAGUCUUGAAAUACCUCAGCGCCAAGGAUGAAUGGACUAUUUGCCAUGAAAUUCCCGUUAAGGGACUCUACCGCGCGACAAUUGUCAAGCAAUACUUGCUCUUUCACGACUGGCAGAAUGGCGUACGUGUUUGUUGUUAUGACACAACAACACGCGUCAUACGUACACUGAAACCGUUAAAAGAGGAUCAACCGUAUUGGAGUUGUUACUGCGCUACCGAAUUUCAAGAGCGUCUCUACUUAAUCGGCGCUGAUACAGAGGAUAAUCGCAAAGUUUAUGUCUGGGAUCCCGAAAGUGAUGUGUUGACCGAAGCGCCCAAGCUGAAUAUCGGUCGCACACGAACCACGGCACUGAAACAAGAGGGUUAUCUGUAUGUGGCCGGUGGCAUGGUCACCAAAGACGAUAUGGUCAGCUAUAAUGCACGUGAUACCAAUUCAGUAGAACGGUUUAAUCCGCGACGUAACUGUUGGGAACGCUGUGCACCGUUGUUGCAAGCGCGCUGCGUAGCGGGGAUGGCUUCCGCCGGUCGUUUUAUUUACGUUGUGGGCGGUGAUUGCGUGUCGACGCCAACAAAUAUGGUGGAGCGCUACGACACUCGUAUAAACAAAUGGACACAGCUAAUUGCAAUGCAAGUGCCAAAAGUGUUCCCCGCCACUAUAUACUUCAAUAAUCGUCUUACAGUUUGUGGCAACAGUAGCAAUGAUGAGGAUUGUGCUUUAGUAGAGGAAUUCGAUGAGACGACCAAUAAAUGGAUUCGAAAGAAUAAAAUGCCAAUAUAGGGCCCUUUCUCCUAUGUGGUGGCUAAACCAGAGUGGGUCAACCAGUUAGAGGCGCUCAAUUAAACAAAAAAAUUAGAAAAUUUAAGAAAAAAAGUUACAAAAAAAAAAUAAAUAAAAAAUUUGAGAAAAAAAAAUA